AUGGAGUCAUCGUGGUCACAGGACGGGUCAAUCUCUCCAUGCGUCUUUGCACAAAACACAAAGUAUUCACCAACAUUUCACCUCUCUGCCUUCAGCACACACUCGUCUUCCGGUGACACUACUUCGGCCAGCAACGCUGCGUCGAAUGAGGCGCCAAAGUCCAGUGCAAAGAAUGAGUCGCUCUGCCCAAUGGCUGCUCGACAGACACGACGAGGCGAGAAGGAUGUCAGAGCUGGACUGGCUGGGUGUUUGCGACUCUGA